AUGGCGGCCGCUACAGCAGCAGCAAGGCCGCCUGAGGAGGAGGCACCGCCGUUGCCGGCCACAGCACCAUGGGGAGGCAGGCGGGGAGCGGGAGGAGCAGCAGCCGUGCCACGGCCGCCGCUGUCACACAGCCCGAGUCCCGGCAGCGGGGGAGGAAAGGGGGAGAAAGGAGGGACGGAACGGCUCUUGUGCUUCUCUGAAAGGGGUCCAGGGAGCCCUCCGAGGAAAACCAGGCGAAACGGAGAGCGCUGGGCCUUUGGCCAGGCUACUUCAUGGUCCCGAUUUGAAGAAGUGGUUUUACACAGUACAAAGGGUCGGCAGUUGUUGACGGAUCCCCCAAGAGAGCCACCUGCAGAUGCCGACCCCGUCCCCGAGCCCUGGAAACAGAAGCCUUCACUCAGCCAGGCAGGUCUUGCACCACCGACAAUGAUGAGCGUGCAUCAGCGAAGCGCCGCAGCCAGCAGGAGCUGGCUACAGCUGCUUGUUCUAAUUCUUUCAGUGGCAUCCACUGCUGUGAUAAGCCAGAGAAUACCAGAGAUCACAUGCCUUUUAAUUAAGCAAAACAGUCAAGUUGCAAGACCAUUGGGUUCUUCUUCACCUGUUCAUGAGAUUGAAGACUAUGUUGAAGACCUCCAGUGUUCCCAGAAUUCUCAAAGCACUGAGAAUGUCUACAAAACAGCCAAAUAUGCAGAAGUUGGUGUACUUGAAAAUGUCAAAAUAAAAGCAAUAGUAAAUAAUUCAGAAACCAUCACAUGUCUUUGGGUAUUUAAAGAGACCCAGACUGACUGUAAUUCCUCUCUGGAUAUGGAGAACCGGCAUGUCAUUUCUAUGGAAUUUCCGCACAUCAGAGAGACCCAGGCUGGGAAUCACACGCUGUCCAUUAGAACAGAAACCAAGAACUACACAGUAAUGUUUACACUUUAUAUAAGAAGGAGCCCAAGGAAACCGUAUUUUAUAAAAAAUGAACUUUCAAGAAAUGUAAGCUGUGUAUCAGAAGGACACCCCAAACCAGUUCUUGAAUGGCUCUCUUGCCGGGUCCCUGAUAAAAGCUGCAGAAGAUCUAAUUCUCAAAAAAAUGAAGACAAGGAUGGAAUUCAGAUGGCACAACUUGAGUUAAGAGAAGAUAAACUGCUGUUUGAUCCACAUAUAUGGUGUUGUGCAACGAAUGACUUGGGCAAAGUAUGCACUGAAGUCUAUACAGUAGAUCUAGGUGCAUGGGAAAACCCUGUGCAGGAAUUCUUUCUUAAAGUUGGAGACCCGCUGUUCUUAAGAUGUAGAGCCAAUUACUCCACUUUUGCCUUUGGAACAACGUGGCAUUUUGAAAACAAGAAAUUAAAUAUGAAUAUGAUGCUAGAAGGACGACGUAAUCUGGGCUAUUGGAUUAAGCUUCGGUAUGCAUUUGCUUCAACGGUGAGACAAGGCAGCCGCGGUCAGUACACCUGUUCAUCCAAAGAACUUGCUGCAAACAAAACCGUCUUUGUUUCAGUUUUCGAUAAGGGAUUUAUCAAUAUCACUGAUUCAAAGGAAGAUUUUGAAAUUGGUGUGGAAGAAGACACUUGCCUGGAAGUUAAACUGAAAGCAUACCCACCAAUUAGAUGUAUUUGGAUGUUUUCUGGAAUGUCAUUUCCUUGUAAGGAAAUUUACACUGGUAGCUACAGCAUCUCUUCAGCAUUCUGUGACCAUAAACACCAACCAGGUGAAUAUGUGUUCUACGCAGAAAACGAUGAUGCGUUUGUGAAGAGAACAUUAAAACUUUUUGUGAAAAGAAAACCUAACGUAACAAUGACCUCGAGGUCAGGUCAAAUGUCUUGCAUCUCCGAGAGCAAUCCUGCAUCAUCCUGGGUCUGGAGGAAGUGUUCUAAAAAGCAUAUAAAUUGUACAGAAAUUAUGGGUGGAAUUUCAGAUGACAUGCGUGAAGGAAAGACAUUUGGUUCCUGGAUCACAAGCAGUACUUUAAAUACAACAGAAGCACAAGCUGGAUUUUUUGUUGAAUGCUGCGCAAACAAUUCAGUCGGCUUAUCCUGCGAAACAGACUUUGUUAAUCCAAAAGCUGUUGUGUUUGUUCCACCAGAUAAUGUUGCAUUAUAUGGAAUUAUUGGAUUCUGUUUCCCAGUCAUUGCUCUGUUGUGCAUAUUAAUUUACAGAAACUACAAAAAGCAAUCUAGGUAUGAAAGCCAGCUGCAAAUGAUACAGAUGGUUGGCCCGUCUGAUAAUGAAUACAUCUAUGUUGACUUCGAAGAGGUGGAAUACAAUCUCAAGUGGGAGUUUCCCAGAGAAAAUCUGGAAUUCGGGCAAGUUCUUGGUUCUGGCGCCUUUGGCAAAGUGGUGAAUGCUACUGCAUACGGCAUUAGCGAAACGGGAGUGUCAGUCCAAGUUGCUGUCAAAAUGCUCAAAGAAAAAUAUGGCUCUUCUGAAAAAGAUGCUCUAAUGUCCGAACUAAAAAUGAUGACUCACAUCGGAAGUCAUGAAAACAUUGUGAAUCUGCUAGGAGCUUGUACCCUGUCAGGACCCGUUUACUUGAUUUUUGAAUACUGUUGCUACGGAGACCUCUUGAACUACUUGCGGAGCAAAAGAGACCGAUUUCACAAGACUUGGACUGAUAUCUUCCAACAGCACAAUUUCAGCUUUUACCAUAAUUUCCCUGGGCGUGCCAGCUCAAGAACUGGAAAUAUACUAAAAAAUGGAUCAUAUUUAGCAGUGAAUGAAGUAGAUAUCUUCAGAAACAUGCAUGCAAAAGAAGACUUUGAUUUGAUUUCCAAAUUAUCUGGAAUGGCUCUACUUUCUGAGGAAGAAGAAAUGAAAUAUGUGAAUAGGAGAAUGGACGAUGAAGAAGGCCUCAAUGUGCUGACUUUUGAAGACCUUCUCUACUUCUCCUAUCAAGUUGCCAAAGGGAUGGAGUUUCUGGAAUCAAAAUCAUGUGUUCACAGAGAUCUUGCAGCCAGGAAUAUCCUAGUCACUCAUGGGAAAGUGGCAAAAAUCUGUGACUUUGGACUUGCCAGGGAUAUUGUGAAUGACUCAAACUACGUUGUCAGAGGGAAUGCUCGUUUACCUGUCAAAUGGAUGUCACCUGAAAGCUUAUUUGAAGGGAUAUACACAAUUAAGAGCGAUGUCUGGUCUUACGGAAUCUUGCUGUGGGAAAUAUUCUCUCUUGGUGUCAAUCCUUACCCUGGAAUGCAAGUUGAUGCAAAUUUCUACAAGCUUAUUCAAAGUGGAUUUAAAAUGGACCGUCCGUUUUAUGCUACAGAAGAAAUAUAUUUAGUCCUGUGUUCCUGCUGGGCUCUGGACUCCAGAAAAAGACCAGCCUUCUCACAGAUGCUUUCCCUUCUGGCAUGCCAGCUGGCGGAAGCAGAAGGAGCGGCAUGUCUAACGGAGAAGAAUGAUACCUCUGAACACGUUUCCAGUUCCAAAUGUAGUCAUCGUGGGAAAAUGGAAUCCGAAUCAUUUCAGUUCACCAUUCCAGCUCUGGUUGAAGAUACCGCAAGGGAGAAAUAA